AUGCUCUAUGCAUCUUGCUCUAUCAAUCCGUCCUCCCUCCACCUCCCUCCCCUUUGCAAUCCCUGCUGCCGCCUCACAACCUUGCCCUCUCACUUCUUCCUCCUUGCCCUCUCACUUCUUCCUCCUUGCCCUCUCCCACUCCUUCCACACACUUGUUCCUCCUUCCCGUUUCACCUAUCUUCCUCUCAAUUCCCUCCUUCUCCCCUUCCCAUCAAUCACUCCCCACUCCCGGCUCCAAUUCUCCCAGAUCCCCGCACCUCGUUGGAACAGCAGGGAAAUAUCCCCAGGGUGCCUGGCAGAGGGGGCAGAGGCAGAGCAGAGACAUGUAAUGGGGGGAGAGGCAGGCUGGGGGAUGGGAUGCCUGAUGGCAUGGUUGCGGAACGGGGUGAGGGACGAGAUGGCGAGCUGUUGGUAGCGGCUGGAGGUGAUGAUGAUGGGGAGGAGUGUGAACUGCGGGAGGAGGGAGAAGAGGAGGAGGAGGAGGGGGAGGAGGGGAGGGAGGGGGAGAAGGAGGAGGGGGAGGAGGAGGGGGAGGAAGAGGAGGAGGAGGAGGAGGAGGAGGAGGAGGAGGGGGAGGAGGAGGAGGAGGAGGAGGAGGAGGAGGAGGAGUAG